AGGGUGGCAAAAAACAAAAAAAAACUUUUUAAGGUCACAAUAAAUAAAUAAAUUCUCUUAUAUAAUUAAAAAAAAAAAAAAAGAGGAAGUCAGAACUCGAGGCAAGGCACAAGGGUUCAUCUCGACCUCUCAAUGAAAAUCUCCUCCAGGGUUUGUUCUUGAUUCUCCGGGUCGAAGAUUUUAGCUUUUCGAUGCUUCUAAUGACGGAAAAGUUCGAACCUUUCUCGCUCUCGUGAGCGUUUUUGUCCCUGAGAUUCAUUUGGGUUUGUUCAAGGAUGCUCGUUGGAUCAAUCUAGAGUUGCAGAUUGUGCAAGUGGAUUCAAAGUUUGAAGCUUUUUUGGUUUUGUUGAGGUUUGGUUAGAGAAGGAUUCGAGGAAGGGAUAUGGUAUAGAGUUUUGGUUAUUUGGGGGAAAAAAAAAAGAAGUUUUUUAAUUUUGAAGAUGGAGAAGGAGAGCGUGAGUGAUGAUGAUGGAUUGUACCCUGAUGAGCCUUUUGGUUCCGAGUUUGAAACUGAGGAGAUCCUGCAGGUUGAGAAAGGUGAAGGGAGUGGUGUGGUUUUCGCCAGAGAGGCACCUCUUAUAGGUAAUCAACCAAGCGAAGGCUUUGGUUCUAGUACAAAGAAACUAAAAUGCAGUGGUGAUGUUGAUGUUCUUGAGAUGGGGAGUCUAGGGAAAGAGAAGAAGCUUAGUAGACAGGACAGAAUCGAACUGGGACGGCUCUUCCAAAACGCUACUAGCUCGCAGGAUUGGGAACUCUCCGAGAGGAUGAUUGAUUUGGCUGAUCUGCAGACUCUGAAUGAUUUGUUGUGUAUUAGUCUAGACUCCAUUUGGUUCUUGAGCACAGAGGGAGAGUUAAGAGGUAUCACCGGAUUGAUUGCGAAGAUCAUAUGCCACGGUGCUCAUGACUAUACUAGAGCUACACUCAGAACUUCGUUUCUUGCUUCUUGUGUCUCCUCUUGCCGUAACCGGACUGUUAGUCUUUCUGAUAGUGUAACUGUAAUGGCUCAAAGGUUACAUGAGCGUCUUCAAGAGUGUAACGGUGAUGAGGUUCUCAAAGCAGAAGCGAGUACCAAAGUUCAGAAGUUCACUGAAUGGGCCCUCAAGUGCAUAGGCUUCCACUCUCGUUGCCAGGGCGGCGCUAGAGAUAAAGCUAACCAAGACUCUGCUGCUGAGAUCCAACUCCAGCUCGCUGCUUUCAAGACGUUCUUGGAUCUUGCGGGAAACCAUUUGACAGGGAAGGAUUUCACAGAAGCCUUUGAUGCAGCUUGCUUCCCGCUUACGCUCUUCUCCACCUCUUUUAAUCCUGGCUGGGCUUCUGGAAUCUCAGCUACUGUCAUACAUGGAUUGCUCGGGAUGCUGGUGGAAGGAGGAGCUGAUAAUGUUAAUCAGUGCUUUCUUGAAGCUUCUCGGUUUGGUAGCACAGAGCUUGUGCGCAUCUUGUUGCAGAUUGCUCAGAGGAAUAGCUUAGACGUGGAUGUUGACUUAGCCUUGGGCUUUGCUUCCCAUUAUAGUAAGAUUGAAACUAUGGACUGCCUUGUGGAAGAAGGUCAUGCCAUGGCUUUCUUGGGUCCUUUGAUGAGAGCAGCUGAGAGAGGUUGCAUGCAAGUUGUGGAAUGGUUUGUGAAAAGAGGCUGUCGUGAAAUGGAGCUAUGCUUGGCUCUCACAGCCGCCACUUCGAGUAGCCAAGUCGAGAUCGCUGCUUAUCUUCUCCCUCAUGUGCCGAGACCUGUCCUCACUGCUCUCAGCAUCGAGAUCCUCAAAGCAGCUGGUGAAAGAAGCGAUGGUUCUCUCUAUGGAGUAGAGUUUCUCCUUAAAUCAGACUUUUUGGGAGAUCCUGUUGCUACUUACUCAGUUGCGGACACCAUUGCAAAGUCAGAAGACGAGUCUGUUCCUUCAGAGCUGAAAACGUUUCUCCAAGAGCAUUGGUCAGAGGCUGCGUUAAGCCAAGGGGUGAGGGAAAGCAGAGAUAACUUCAUGAACUUCAUGAGGGUUUUGAAGAUUGGUGAGUCUGCUAUACGUUUGAAGGAUCUACCUGGUCCAUUGAGAGUUGCAGUUGCUUACAUGCCGUUGUACAGAGAGUGUGUGAAAGCGGGAGGGAGGUUGCUCUCGCAGAGAUUAAGAGGACAGCUCAUGGAAGCCGUGAAGCAGCUUCAGGGGAUUGUUGUGGACACAGAGGAAGCAUGCAAAGGUGGUCAUCAUCAUCAGCUCAUGGCGGUAUUGGAGCAUCACCUUCCUCUUUUUUUGGUCAAAGCUUCUUCACACUGAGCAACAGUUGGAUCCAGCACCCGAGUUAUCCGGGUUUAACCUUGCCCAUUUCUUUUAAAAUAAGAACUGAAUAAAAUAAUCAUAUUUGGGAAUCCAGGGUUUGGAUUAUUAUGAAAAGAGCUUUGUAUAAACUAACUUCCUAUGAGAAUGUCUUUGUCAAGUCUUCCUAACCCAUGGGAGAAGAUGCUAUCCAAAACGUUUUAUUAUAAUAUUAUUUCAACUAAAAAGAAAUAAAGAUAGUCUUGCUUA